AUGACCGACCUUAAGGAAAAGCUGGCUUCCAGCGAUUUCCUUAUCAGCACGGGCUUCUCCGGCCUGAACGUCUCCACUAUGAACGACUUCCGCCGAAAGCUCCACGCUCAGGGAUUGGAGUACCGCGUCGUCAAGAACACCCUGGCGACACUGGCGGCCAUGGAGAUCGGCACGCCACAGGUCAAGGAACUCCUGACAGGCCCCACGGGGCUAGUCAUUGGCAAGGGGGACCCCGCUGAGGCCGCCAAAAUGCUCACCGAGCACAUCCGCACCUCGCGAAUCACCAUGCCGGUCAACGGCGCGAUAGUCGAGGGGCAGGUCCUCUCGGCGCAGCAGCUGAUGGGACAGAUCGCCGGCGUGGCUGCGAGGGUCGCCCGCUCCGUCAAUGGCCCGGCGCAGGGCCUCGCCAUCGUCCUGGGUGGGCCGGGCAGGGGCGUGGCCACCGUGCUGCAACGGAACGUGGAGAAACAAGGAAGCUAA